GGCAGUUUUCUUUUUAAAUAAUAAUUCAGAAAAUGAGCGUGUCCCUCAAAUGCGCAUGCGCGUUGCAGCUGUUACCAUGGAGACAUGCCUGCUUAUCUUCUGCGCAUGCGCAGACAACCAUGUGGCACUGCUGUUUAUCAAUAAAGUGGGUGGAUCAAGGCGUGGUUUAUCUAUUUGAUUAUCCGGCAUAUUCACUUAUCCAGCCUCCUUCUGGAACCAAGGUGUCCGGAUAAUUGAGGUUCUACUGUACGCACAUCAUUGCUGUAGUAGCCACACCUGAGACGUCAAAUAAAAAAACACCAAGUCGGUUGAAGUGGCUCAUUUGCCAAUAUUAUAAUACUUGCCAAAUUUCCCCGUUUUACGGCACAUUAUAUCUGGUAAAUAAUGCGUGAAGGUAUGAACACAAAGAAAAAUAAACAUGUUUACGACAUGAAAGGUUACCUCUUAUGAACUUGGAGUCAAUUGGAAGUGUCCUGAGACAGGCACCGGUAUAAAUAUUCUCAUACAUUGAAAUUUGAUAUACUAAACUCAAGUGGGUGAUAAAUUCUUUCUGUUAUUACAGGCUAACUAGUGAUGACACUGCACAAAGGGGGAUAUACCCUAUAGCAUUCUGAUGGUUACUAAAGCAGCCAAGCAAGCAGUCAAGUCAGUUUUAACCUUUGCUCCAAGAUGGUAUCAAGAACAGUAACAGCUCUAUUUCUAACGAUUGGCUGCUUGCACUUCUGUGCAGUAAAUGCACAAAUUGUCAGAUGUACAACGGAACCUCCGCUAGACGAUGAUGGAACACUCCAUGUGCCAAUUAAUGGGCGUGCUUUUUAUAUAUGCGAAAGACAACAUAACAGUUCAUUCGAAAGGCAAAACUGGCAUCUACUAAUCGAUAAUUUUCAUAUGCGUACUCAUCCAGAAGUAACAACCACAACAUCCUCCAUAUCUUCUCAACAGCCUUGUCUAUUUUCAAACAACUCAAAUUGUGACAGUAUGAUAAUCAUACUUCUUCCAAGAUCAAACAAACUUGACAAUAAAACUAUAAAAGCGUGCACUUUGCUAAACAAUAAUGUUGCUAGUCGUAUAGAUUUAGCGUGUAGCUCAACUGAAAUCAGGAUUACAAUAGAGACUCCAAACACCAGUACACCCACCACGACUACGCAGAAUACCCCCGAAACAAGCAAUGGCACACAAACAACCACAACUCCAGAAUCAACCACUGUGAAAGGACAGACCUGCACAACCCCUGAUUCUACUACAAGCUCUCCUGGUGUUACAUUGGGUCAAGGUUUACCAGAGCUCAGCAUAGCUGCAGACAGUGCUUCAAUGUACAACGUGCUGACCAAUUCACUACAAACUGUUCUACUGCUUCUACUAGUACUCAAUGCAGUCUGUGGUCGUAAAUUACGAAGAUACAAAACAGAGAGAAAGUCGAUUAAGGAUAUGGAGGAAGGUGAAAGCCAGGCUGAUGAAGUACAUGAGAAAAUAGAUUUGAGCCAUCCGACCGUUGAAAUAGAGAUUCAGAUGGAAAAUGAUGCUCAAAAUUCUUCAGCAGAAAGUAGCCAGCAACACGAGCACAUUAUUAUAACAAACCAGCAUACACCAAACAAUCAGCCAGACACAGACAGUCCGGCAGCUCAUGAACUAAACGAGAUUAAUGGCAAUCGAUAUGCUGAAUCUGGCCUAGAGCUACAGCCUAGUAUAGGAGGAGUUGUGAAGAUUAAUCCAUUAAUUGCUUUGGUACAGUAAAACUCACAACACUUACAACAGACGAUACAUAGUCAAAGCACCCUAUGACAUUAUGAAUUUUUUAAAAAUUAUUUAUUUAUUUAUUUAUUAUAA